UAGUUGGGAAUGCUAGAAAAGAGAGGGCCGUUGUCGGAAGUCACAGGGAAGAUUUGCACACUAGUCAACGCUAGAAUCCGUGCAUUUUGACAUACUUAUUCUUGUAAACCUGCCACCACAAAGGUUCUAUUUGUUAUUUGUGAAAACUAGCAAAACAAUGGGCAUUCGAUUUUCAAAGUUUGUUAUCUUCAUCCUCUUACAGCUUUUCUUCUCUGGUUUCUCAUAUGGAACGGAUAUCAUCACCUCAUCCACCAAUCUUAGUGAUGGCAGAACCUUAGUUUCUAGUGAUGGAAGCUUUGAACUGGGGUUCUUUAGUUCUGGAAGCUCUAGCGAGGGUCGUUACUUGGGAAUUUGGUACAAGAAUAUCUCAGUUCAAAAUAUUGUUUGGGUUGCAAACAGGUGCAACCCGAUAAAUGAUUCGUCUGGUAUUCUGAUGAUAAACAACACAGGCAAUCUGGUACUCCUCAGUCAAAAUCGGAGUGUUGUUUGGGCAUCAAACUCAAAGAGAGAAGCUCAAAACGCAGUGGUGCAGCUCCUGGAUUCCGGUAAUCUUGUUUUACAAGAUAGAAUUGCUGGUAAAUCAGAAACAUUUUUGUGGCAAAGCUUUGACUAUCCCACUGAUUCUUGGCUGCCUGGGAUGAAAUUUGGAUGGGACUUAAGCACUGGUCUUAAUCGACGACUAUCGGCAUGGAAGUCCCCAGAUGAUCCAUGCCCUGGAGACUUAAGUUAUGGGAUGGAGGUAUUUAAUUAUCCUGAUCUUGUUAUGUGGAAAGGCUCAAAGAAGUAUUACCGGGGAGGCAAUUGGAAUGGCAUUGCGGCGAGCGGUUUGCCACGGAUGGUGCCAAAUCCCUUUUUUACAAUCAAUCUCAUCUCAAAUGAGAAAGAGGUUUAUUUAAUCUACUACCCCAAAACCAAAUCAGUAAUCACGAGGCUUUUUUUGAACCAAACUUCCAGUAGUGCCGAGCGCAUCAUAUGGAAUGAAGAAGGUAGAACUUGGAUAGUGUAUAGUCGCUUUCCAAGUGAUGACUGUGACAACUAUGGGACUUGUGGAACAUAUGGGACCUGCCUCAAUGUAGCAAUUCCGCCUUGUCAAUGUUUGAAAGGUUUCAAGCUAAAAUCACAGAGCUGGCAUUCAGUGGACUGGUCUCAGGGUUGUGUGCGCAAUAACCCAUUAAACUGUCAGAAAGGAGAUGGAUUUAAAAAAUUUGGUGCGUUGAAAGUGCCUGAUGCUGCACAUUCUUGGGUGAAUAAAAGUAUGGAUCUCAAUGAGUGCAGGGUUAAAUGCUUAGAGGAUUGUUCUUGUAUGGCCUAUACAACCUUGGAUAUUAAGGAAGACAGAGGCUGUGUAAUUUGGUUUGGUGACCUAAUUGAUCUUAAACAGAUCCAAUCUGCUGGACAGGAUUUAUAUAUUCGAAUGUCUGCUGCUGAUUCAGACCAUGAGGAGACAAAAGGCAAGACUAAAAUGAUGGCUACACUAAUUAUUGCAGCUGCCAUUCUUGUAGUUAUUAGUGUUUUUGUAAUCGCCUGUUACAUUUGCAGGAAGCGUCGUAACAUAGAAGAAAGAGAAAUUGGCCAGAGCAAUGGAAGGCAAAAUGAAGAUUUGGAACUUCCACUUUUUGAGUUUGUUGUAAUAUCCAAAGCAACUAAUGAUUUCUCUUCUGACAAAAAGCUAGGAGAAGGUGGCUUUGGGCCUGUAUACAAGGGUACUCUAUCAGAUGGAAGAGAAAUUGCUGUGAAGAGGCUUUCAAGAGUCUCUGGACAAGGAUUAGUUGAGUUCAAGAAUGAAGUAGCACUUAUAGCCAAACUUCAACAUCGGAAUGAUACUAGAAGGAAUCUAUUAGACUGGCCAAGGCGUUUUCACAUUAUUUGCGGAAUUGCUAGAGGGCUUCUUUAUCUACAUCAAGAUUCUAGAUUGAGAAUCAUCCAUAGGGAUAUUAAAGCUAGCAAUAUUUUGCUUGACAGUGAAAUGAACCCCAAAAUUUCAGAUUUCGGAUUGGCUAGAACAUUUGGAGAACAAUCAGAUGGGAAAACAAAUAGAGUGGUUGGAACCUAUGGUUAUAUGGCACCAGAAUAUGCAAUUCACGGGCAAUUCUCAGUAAAAUCUGAUGUUUUUAGCUUCGGUAUAUUGUUGUUAGAGAUAAUAAGUGGAAAGAAGAAUAGAGGGUUUUAUCAUCUUAGCCAUAGUGUUAACCUUAUUGGACAGGCAUGGAGAUUGUGGAAAGAAGGGCAUCCUUUGGAACUGAUUGAUUUAUUUGUAAAAGAAUCUUGCACUCAAUCUGAAGUAUUAAGAUGUAUCCACAUUAGUCUCUUAUGUGUUCAGCAACAGUCUGAGGACAGGCCAAGUAUGUCGUCUGUAGUUUUGAUGUUGGCUGGUGAGACUGAAUUAGUGCAACCCAAAGAACCUGGUUUUCUUUUUGACGAGAAAUCCCUCCAAAUAGAUUCAUCAUUCGCUAUGUUUGAAUCAACUUCAAGAAACGAACUUACCCUCUCAGAGAUGGAGCCUCGAUAAAAGGUUACAUGAGCGGUACAUGCCUCUUCCUAUUUAUGUUACCUAAUGUUCCCCUUUUUUUUUUUAAACGAAUGCCUGCCGUGUACCUUAACCAUUAUUUGCACAUAAUUUAUCUUGUUUGAUUAUUUGAACAUAAUUAUGUGAUAAUUAUACUGUUCCAUUCUUAAUGCUUAAUUCAUGGUUAAAUGUCAAUCUUGGUCUCUCAACUAUGAAAAGUGUACUUUUUAAUCCUUCUACACUUUUAAUCCUUUCUUCAAUUACUCUAUUACGUUUGUCUCAAUAUGUACAUUUUUAGUUUAUGAAUUUAUAAUAUAUGUACAUUUUUUGU